UGCCUCUUUUGUGAAGCGGCAGCUGAGACUCAAGUGCUUGCCAUGGCAGACGAAAAGCCCAAGGAAGGAAUCAAGACUGAGAACAAUGAUCAUAUUAAUUUGAAGGUGGCAGGGCAGGAGGGUUCUGUGGUGCAGUUUAGGAUUAAGAGGCAUACACCACUUAGUAAACUAAUGAAAGCCUACACACCUGCUCAGUUGGAAAUGGAGGAUGAAGAUACAACCGAUGUGUUCCAACAGCAGACAGGGGGUGUCUACUAAAAAGGGGACCUCCCACUUCACUCCAGAACUCUGUUCUUUACAGACCAAGAUUACAUUCUCAAUUAGAAAACUGCAAUUUUGUUCCACCACAUCCUGACUACUACAGUAUAGUUUUCUCUAUUCUUUCAUUUCCCCCUUCCCCAUUCCUUUAUUGUACACAAAGUAACUGGUAAAUGUGCACAAGUAUAUUGCUUUUUUUUUUUUUUUUAACUAAA